AUGGACGACCAGCAAGAUGGCUUACCGACCUAUGUUGGUCAAGGCCCCAACGCAUUUUUCGACAUGCCAGACCUGGACCAAGUUCACAACCACCUUUUUGCAGUAACAUACAUAGGAUCGCACGAAGAGUCCUGUGCUGACAUCAACUUCGAUCACAUUGCCUGCAGAGGCCCCGACAGCAACAACCAACAUCAUCCCGUACCUAACCACAACCACCCUCGAAGCAACUUGAAUACCAUACCGAUGAAUGCGCGAAGACACCACAGCCUGUCAACGAUGCCCACGAUGCCCAACUUCUUCGACCCUAGAGGCCAAAUGCCCUUGGGCUUUGGCGCGGCUGCCAUCAUGUCACCAACAGCGGCCAUGGGCUUUCCUGCCUCGACUCCCAACUCCAGCCCUCAACUUGAGGACGAUAGUACCUCCGCGGCUUGCAGCAGCUCGGACUGCAACCGGUGUGUGAGCGACUGCGGCGCGAGUGACGCUGGCGAUAUCUGCACUGAUAUAGAGUGCGCUCAAGCUUGCGACGAUGACGACUGCGAUGAAGCUGCUGCGCAGUGUAUGGACGCACAGUGUCCAGCUAACGAAAUUCUCUCUGAGAAGGACAAAGCUGCAGCCGAUGUGUUGGCAUCGAUUGGAGGGGAUAACUUCGGCCAGGAUGGCAUGUUUGCUCCGUCGAUGCCUUCGAUGUCUGCUCAGUAUUUCGCGAGCCAAGGCUCCUACGACAACGAAGGGAUGCCAGCAGCAACUCAAAGCCACUUCCACCCCGGCGGGAUGUCGAUGUCAAUGGCUCACUCCAUGAACAUGAACAACUCCUUUCAAAGUACACCCGACUCAUUUCAGAAUACUACCGACUCUUUCCCUAUCAACUUUGCGGAUCCUGCCAUGCCUUCCGAGCCCGUGGAGUGGAUGUCAUUUGGCUUGCAUCUCAGUGAGCAUGCGCAAGCUUUGACAGACUGUGUACGCCCUUGCCUGUUAAACAACCUAAGUCUGCCAAACAGGUGCCCCCUUCCUCAUCACGCGCAUGCCCAUCCAGGUCAACAGGAUUUCUCUUUCUGCCUCCCCGACUCAAACUCGACAAACUUUGUACCUUGCGGUGUUGAGCUUAACAAUAUCCAGGACUGGGCGAACCAUUUCCAAGAACAACAUGUUCAACCGCAGCAUCUCGAUCUUCUUCAUGCAACACAACAGUCUUACACAUCCCUGAUGGCGCCUCAUGCUCGCCAAUCUCUUGCUCUACCGCAGUCACCGGGAAACCUAUUCGUCUCGACAAAUGUUCCCCAAGACAAGGAGUCCCCGGGCACCUCCCCUCUAUCAGGGCUUCAGACGUCCUCUUCACCGCAACUAUCCCCGGCUACUGCGCAAACUGUGCCCAGCCCUGCCAAGAUUCCCAUCAAGGCGGAAGUGUUCAUUUGCCAAUGGGAAAAUGCUGGGCAUGUUUGCGGUAUGGUUUUCCAAGACGAUGAAGGUCUGCAGAGACAUUGCAAGGAGAGCCAUAUCGUAAACCUCGCCAAGACAGAUGCGGGAUACAAAUGCUGCUGGGAGGGAUGUGCACGCGAAGGCCAUUUUACACAAAAGAGCAAGCUUGAACGUCAUCUACAGACACAUACCGGCUUCAAGCCAGUCAAGUGUGACAUAUGUCAUAUCUCGUUAUCUGCGAAGCAGUCCCUUGCACAGCACAUGCGGAUCCACACUGGAGAAAAGCCUUGGGAUUGCAAGUUUCCGGGUUGCACCGCUUCCUUCAAGCAGCAGAGUGCACUAACAAUGCAUUCGAGAACGCAUACGGGCGAAAAGCCCCUGAAAUGCGAAGUAUGCGGCAAGGCGUUUGGAGAGUCUUCCAAUUUGUCAAAACACCGUAAGACGCACAACGUCAAGGGAGCAUUCAAGUGUGACUUCUGCGACAAGGACUUCCACCGGCUCGAUCAGAAACGCAGACACGAGAAGAUUCACAGGAAGGAGGUUGUAUCUAAUAUUGACACUCCUGCUCAGUCUAUCAAGAAGACACAGGGCGGUCGAAUUACGAAGGCAUCAAACACACCAGCGCUCAAGCCCAAGGAGCUCAAGGAGCUCAAGGACAACGGAACCUAG